GAUGGUUCGGCACGCGAUUGCCUGGCCAAAUUUGGAGCAAACACAACAUUUGCAUGAUUGUGGGGGAAUUAUUGACUCAGUCCACCCGAAAACAAACCUUUUCGGAUGAUUUACAACCGGACCAGAUUUAUGGCUUUGGUGAAUGAUAGAAGACUACAGUCAAUUUAUUAAAUUACAUCACGGCACACAUUUUAAUGGUAAUCGCGGCGGGCUACCAAACAAAACCGUUGAGCAAAACGGUUUGAUUGAUUUUUUAAAAGGUUGGGUUAUUUUUUGUUCGGGGGAUGGCUUUGACUCUGCCGCGCUCGGAAGGGUCGUUAAAUCGCAAUGGGUCUAACACGCGAUUUUUUCGGUCACCAGCGGCUGCUCGUUUGGGUUGAAGUUUUAUGGGUUUACCCCUCAUUCCGACUGCUCUAAUUUGAUUUAUGGCAAACGAAAGGAUGGAUUGAUUUAAAUAUCACAAUUGGUUGUUGAAUUAGUGAACUAGAUCUAUUUGUUCGACUUGAUUUCAUCAAGUUCUUGAAGUUACUACAAAGAUAAUCAUAAUCAUAAAUGUUGAUUAAUUUAGUAUUUCAACUAAUUUUAAAAAUUGAUUUAAUGAAUCUUAUUCCUAGGAGACACAAUUAUUGAGAAUACUUAUUUGAAAAAUUUGGAUCAACCAGCACAUUAUUUUAUGGCCUGUAGAUUGAUCAUUCUGAAUGAUGAUUCUGAAAUUCAUUAGAAAAUUUGUAAAUUAUGAUGAGGACAAAAGAAUAAAAAAUCAUUUACACUGGCGAUUGUCCACGCUCCACACAAAAUAGUCCACGAAUGGGGGUUUAGAUUUCCAAGAAAGUGGCCACGUGGUUUAUAGAUCUCCAGAAAAAAUAUUCACCAGAUAUUGCUUGUUUGGUAAAGGUUUAGUGGGUCCACCUUCGGACCCGUUUGUAACAAUUUUAUAGUAAAUUACUACUUUAAACCAAUGGCUUAAACGAUUAAUUCAUCAAUCAAACUUGCCUCACCACUGACAAACUCCGAAAUGACUGCCAAGGUCUUCUAACGGCUUAUCGUUCAUUUCGUCGGAUCGCGUAUACAAAUCGCUAAGUCUGAGGCAACACCAGCAACGACUGUCGAAAUCUUUAUCUUACACAUGCGCACACAGUCGCAUUGAGCUGGUCAGUUGCGCGUUGAACUGUUCAUUCGCGUUGAACGACUUCAGUUCCAUUCUUCACUGGGUAAAGAAGACGUGCUGUGAGAUUUACUUCCGAAAUGUUGCGAAAACUUGAAUUUAGUUGCUUAAAAGUGUACUCAAGCCCACUAACGGUAAGGCUUCGAAGAGUUCAGACAGCGGCUGCGGAACCUAGCGCAGAUCCGGAAUGGGCCAAUGCGCUGCCGUAUGAGCGGAUCCCGCGCCCAAGUGUGCUGAAAAUGCUGCGGGGCUUUGCGCCUGGAGGUCGCUACCAUGACGUCACGAUGCUGGACAUUCAUCGGCGUAUGCGCGAAGACUACGGCGAUCUGUUGGUGAUGCCGGGGGUGUUUGGACGGAACGAUUUCGUGCUAACGUACAACACGGAUGAUUUUGUGAAGCUGUUCAGGAAUGAGGGACCGUGGCCGCAUCGGAGGGGGAUUGAUACGUUUGACUAUUAUCGAAAGAAUGUGCGGCCGGAAGUGUUCAGGGGUUGGGGAGGGUUGCUCUCGGAGCAGGGCGAGAACUGGCAGCAGUUCCGUACGAUUGUUAAUCCGGUGAUGAUGCAGCCCAAGACGAUUCGGCUGUACGUGGACAAGCUGGAUGAGAUCGCAAGGGAGUUCAUGGGAGUAAUUGGUGAACUGCGCGAUGAGAAGAAUGAACUUCCAGGUGACUUCAAUCAGUGGUUGAACCGAUGGGCACUGGAAUCGAUUGGAGUGCUGGCUUUGGAUACGAGACUGGGAGCAUUGCAGAAGGAUCUCUCAGCUGAUACAAGCAGCAUGGUGACGUACAUCCGGGAGAUGUUCGAACUGACCUACCAACUGGACAUUCUACCUUCAAUCUGGAAGUACUACAAAACACCAGCGUUUAAGCGUCUGAUGACAAUCUUCGACGAACUGACCAGGAUCAUCAUGUCCCACGUUGACGCGGCUGUAGUCCGACUGGAGAAGAAUCCAACUCUGUCUAGUGAGCAGCAAAGCGUCCUUGAGAAACUGCUGAAAGUUGAUCGUAACGUCGCACUCGUAAUGGUAUUCGAUAUGUUGCUGGCUGGCGUCGAUACAACCUCCUCAGGAUCAACUGGCGUUUUGUACUGCUUGGCGAAAAACCCAGAGAAACAAGCAAGGUUGCGAGAAGAGCUGAGGUCCAUUCUUCCGAAGAAAGACUCUUUGACGCCGGAUAACAUGAAGAAUCUACCGUAUUUGAAAGCUUGCAUCAAGGAAGGUCUUCGGCUGUAUCCUCCGGCUGUUGGUAAUCUGCGGGCAGCUGGGAAAGAUCUCGUUCUUCAGGGUUAUCGGGUUCCUAAGGGGUGCACCGACGUCGGUAUGGCAUCGGUAGUCCUCUACCAAGAAGAUCAGCACUUUGCCCGCGGCAGGUUCCUCCCGGAGCGGUGGCUCAAGGACACCGAAGGUUGUCCCAGCGGCAAAACUGCGAAUCCGUUCCUCUUCCUCCCAUUUGGAUUUGGACCUCGGAUGUGCAUCGGACGCCGGAUGGCCAUGAUGGAGAUGGAGAUGAUUGUGCGAGUUACGCGCCAAUUUGAGUACCGCUGGAACUAUGGCGAGCUGCACAUCUUGAGCGCGUUGGUCAACAUUCCGAAGAACGAGCUGCGCUUCCAGAUGACCGAAGUUGAUAGUUAGACACGACCAACAGCUGUUUAUCACCUCAUAAGACCUGAGGUGGCGCACCCCAGCGCAAAUGAUGUUAUAAAAUGUAGCUAAUAAUGAGGUGCAUUUAAGUUCCAUAAUUAUUUAAUUACAGCCAAAGCAACGUCGAGCAGCACGUGAAGAGUACUGCAACUGCAGCACUCUCUGUUCAGCAGGGAGCUACCGGAGGCCGUGUAAUUACCUUUGCCAUCGUGGUCGUCGUGCCCUACGGGGAGUUGCUCACUGCUGGGAGGAUCUCUAUCAGGCGUGAGGGAUCUCCGGUUUCUGCAAUAAACACGUUGCGCGCUGACUAGCA